AUGGAUUGCGGAGAGUCGAACAUAUGGACCCCAGCAGCCCGAAAGUUCGAGGUUUCUCAAACUCAGCAAGCGGAAAGUGCAACAAUGAUGCGCGUGCACAAAACAUGUACAGUAUACCCUCGUUGGUCUCAAGUGUGGGCUUUUCUGUCGACUUUGGUGGUUGUCAUGCCUUCACGCACUCGACUUCCGUCACACGAAUCACGUGACUCUGUGCGCGUUGCCGUGGAAGAGAUAUACACAGUUUCUCUCAAUUCAACGACUAAGUUACACUAG